AGUUAGUUGCUACGGCAGGUUCCUUAUAUUUCCCUUUCGUGUUUCACGCAAGUCGCCCGGUCAGUUGAAUUCGGACGAGCGUGUAGUGAAGAUCGAUUUUAUCACUCUUUGGAAGAAAGAUCGAAGUGCCGUUUUCUUUUUGAAAAAAGGAGGCUUUUAACUUACGUGUGAAUUAAUAGUGCAGUGACGUUGCCGCGCAUUGUCAAUUUGCAAGACUUCGACGAGAGUGAUUAUUGGAUUAACGUCAUAAAUGACGGAUGUUCGAGAAGAGAAAGAAAGGAGGAUGCUUUAAGCGCAGUGUUAUCGCAUCAAUAAAUUAAAAGAACGCUUUAAGUGCUUUCACGUAACAUUAAAACAGUGUCAAAAUGCUUGUCGAAGAGGUGUCACACAGCUUCAUGAAGAAGAACAAUUACAAUUAUAGUCACUGCCCUUUAAAGAAGCGACCGUUUUACUAUCCAUCCGAGGAUGAAGAAGAAGUUCCUGAAGCUAUUAAAGAAGAGAUAAUUGACGUAGGAGUAGAUGAUAUUCCCGAACCCGAAAAUCUCAGCACAAAGCCCGAGGAUCUCAGUAGAACUGCGGAUCGCCAUCCUCACCAACAGCAACAACAACAACAACAACAACAACAGCAACAGGAGCAAUCACAACAAGAACAAGAACAACAAGAACGUUCGGCGGCGUCCAGUAGGAUGCCGCCGCCGAUUUUCAAGGCAUCUCCUCCGCAUUUAAUGACAGAGCCAGCCUUACCGACGACUCAUCAUGGGAUGCACUAUGUUCACCAGCUACAUCACUAUCAUCCUCAUUAUCCGACCAAGACUAUUACGCCGCCGGCGGGAAUUGCGCCGACGCAUCAUCCGAUCGCGAAGAAGGCGCGAGUCGAAGUGAUCCAACAUAACGACAAUUCCUCGACGACUCUGGCGGUCGGUGUGGCGGCGACGUCGACGCCACUGCAUUUUAUGACGAACAAGACACCCUUGGAGCCGUUGAAUCUGAACACUCCGGUGGAGCCGUUGGCUCAUUACGGCACGCCACCCUGGGCCCGGACGGGCUCACUGUAUCCAUCGCAUUAUCUGCCGUACGCCCCGCCUGCCUAUCCUCGCUAUCCUGGAACGGACUUGUAUUCGUCGUAUCCGGUACCGGCGUAUCCGCACGCGUCUCCCGAGCAUCACCCGUCGGUUUCGCCACCACCUCACGGCGCGCUGACCUGCUCGACGAUCCAACGGCCCAUCGUCAGGAGUUAUCCUCACUGGCCGAGUCCGGAUCACUGCGGUUUAUCACCAACGAGUUCCGUUGGUUCCGGUUCCCUGCGAUCUCCACCUCCCGUGACACCGGAAGACCUCUCCUCGCCCAGUAGCGAGAGCGGCAGGUCGUCCGCGGGUAGCACUUCCACCGGAAUCACCAUCGUGAACACGAAGAUGGAGAAGAGCGGUUCGAGCACCGUUACGAACGCCCCCUCGAACACCACAUCGUCCAGGCAUUCGUGCCAGAAUUGCAACAAGUCGUACUCGACGUAUUCCGGAUUGUCGAAGCACCAACAAUUCCAUUGCGCCGCCGCCCAAGGCCAGGCAAAGAAGUCCUUCUCGUGCAAAUAUUGCCAGAAGAUAUACGUCAGUUUGGGCGCACUGAAGAUGCACAUCCGAACGCACACGCUGCCCUGUAAAUGCCACACGUGCGGUAAGGCGUUCUCCCGGCCGUGGUUGCUUCAGGGUCACAUUCGGACGCACACCGGCGAGAAACCGUUCCGAUGUCAACACUGCAACCGCGCGUUCGCCGACAGAAGCAACCUCAGAGCUCAUCUGCAGACCCACAGCGACGUCAAGAAGUAUUCCUGCGACGACUGUAAUAAAACAUUCAGCAGGAUGUCGUUGCUUACGAAGCAUAGGGACACUGGCUGUCCCGGCGUGCCGAUAUCAGUCGGCUAUACUGCCUAAAGUUUGAUAUUUCUGUGACCCUUGACAAACGUACGUCCCCUCGUCUUUAUCUCGUGGUCUCAAAGUGCCUUAGAAUGCAGUACAAACGUCGAGUUAGUGAAGUCCGGUAUAUUGGUGAAUCGCGAACGAUUGCCUUCAAUUAACUCUUUCGCCAUCUAUAUGUUUUAUUUUAUUUUUUAUUUAUUUAUUUAUUUUUUUUGUUUUUUUGGAAAAGUGAGCUUCAGAAAGAAGCUGAAGCUUCUAUUUAUAAAAAUAUAUAUUUCGAACAAUUGCAUUUUUUUAUAAAGAAAUUUUUUUUUUAAGUUAAGUCUGAAAAUGAGAAAUUAUUUUACUAUUUUAAUCAAUUCAACAUCGAUACAACAGUGGCGAAAGAAUUUACAAUUACAUUUAUUUUCAAAUAUACCACUCGAUCAUGUCAUUAAAACAGAGUUUUGAGUCGUUACAUAGAUAUCUCGAAAAAUUUCGUGAGAGUUGAUUUCAUUUGUUCAUUAUACUUUGCUGUAAAUAUCGGUGUAAAAGUGCACGACAUACAACGAUUCACAAAAAAA